UUCACUUUUGCUAACCCCAGUACUGUCUAUUCUCUAUUUUACUUUUUAACAUCGGAGAAGUCAAAAUAUUUCCUCAAAUGCUCCUAAACAGGAUUUGGAGACACUACCGUUUUAAAAAAAAAUUGUCAUGUCCCGUAAAACAGGUAGAUUAGCAAAAAUUACUGCUAGGAUGCAAGGAAUAUAAUAUUAUAUGACGUCUUCUAUUGGGAAAACUUAUACUUACCUAGGAUACUGUUGUGAACCAAGUUGACUCCAUAUGGGCCCAUAGGCUAGAAGAGAUGAAUGAGAUUGGGUCAAUUGAGAUUAUUGGGCCGAGCAAAAUGCUAGAGAAUUAUAUUUGGGAUCCAGGCCCAGGUAGCAAGUGGUUAAAAAGGACUACAUGUUUGGAGAGAAGGAUUAUGUCAAUUAUGUUGAAGCCUCGCUCAGUUGGUCUCUCAUCCCGUUCUCUCUAGUUUCUCAUCCCCUUUCUUCUUAGCUUUAGAUUGCAAUUUCUCUUCUCAUCUACUCUCUAUUUCCUUUAGUGUUAUUUUCUACUGUUCUAUUGCUAUUUGGUUAUUGUAAUUCCGUUUAGUGAGUAAUAUAGUCAAUUGGUUUGGGUGUGAUAUCCAGUUUGUUACAUUGGUGCUUUCAUUGAGAGGUCUUCAAUGGAGGACCAAAUAUUUCGAACUAUCGAUGAUUCAAUUAAGGUCGUGACGGAUCCGUGGUCGAAGGAUAUCGCUGAAAUUCGUUCAUUGUUACGUAAGUUGGUUGAAAACCUUGCAACGAGUAAGCCUACUCCAGUAAGAUUCCAACGAUUCAGUGGCGAGGAUCCAGAGUUAUGGAUUUCUCAGGCUGAAUGUUACUUUGAAUUCUACGGUACAUCAGAAAACAACAAAUUAUUACGCCCGUCUAUUUACCUAGAAGGUGAGGCAUUAGAGUGGUUCCAAUGGCUUCUCCGGAACAAGCAAUUGACGGAGUGGGAUCACUUUGUUGCAAAGGUGCGAAUUCGUUUUUGUAAGCAGCAUCUCGAAUCACCGGAAGGUCACAUGGCUACAAUCAAGGAUUAUUCUACUGAAAUUGAAGCCCAGAUGUUUGACAAUAUCUCACAUAGAUGUUGUUGUUCCAAGGUGUUUGAUACUGAGAGAUCAGAUGUUAAAGCCCUCACUGAUGUAAUGGAAUAUGAUUUAAACAUUGCAACAUUAGGGGAGGUCCAGGUGUUUGAUGAAAGCUCUCACGGAAAUGAGAUUUAGUUUUGUCGAUCCAGGUAAGGAAUUCUCAACAGCAUCCGAAGGCCAGGUGUUUGAUAAUUUUUCUCAAGGAGCUAGGCAAACUUUUCAAGAGUGCUCACUUAUGGCAGAUGACUUUGAGAUAAUGGGCUCGGUUAUCAGCAAAGGUUUGGAGGCGGAGAGUGAAGUUUGUGGGAAUACUGAUCUCAUUCUCCCUGCCUAUAGAUUUCCUUUUAUCAUUAGCAAGGGAGAAGGUAGUGUAGUUACAUAUGAAGAUGACGAGCAUUCUAGAAAUGACGUGAGUCCGGCGUUUGAUAAUUUUUUUCACUAUACCGAGCAAUUUUUGGUUGACAAUGAAGUGGUCGAAACACUCUGGGACAGGAACGACCUCUUAAUGUUGGAUGGAAUCAGAUUGGUGUAUGAGCAUACAUCUCUACACCUUCCAUUUGAUCCUGGUGAGUCUGUCUCUCCAUCCAUUCUGUUCGAGAGCUUGAAUAUUCAUUUUGAUAUACCACAUUGCUUCCCUAUUGCACUAUGUUCUGCUGUAGUUGGCCUCGAUGGUACUACGGAGGGUGGCAAGUUGUCUAAUGAAAUGUCCAGUUGCACAAUGGAUGUACAAGCUGUUCAACCUCGGCCGCCACAACCACUUCCAAAACCACAUUUCUUGGCCUUACUAUUGGAUUUCUUGGCCCAGGUUGCGCAUUCUGUCGAAAUUGGUAGGUAUGGGUCCAAAAUGAAUGCUCGUCUUCUCGCUGCAAACUUCCUUAGUAAAAUGCAGCCUGCAAUAGCUGCACUUGCUGCCAUGUUACAGGAGUGUAAGGCAUUAGAAUUAAGGAGUGGGCCUAAGGUGAAGGUUCAAACGGUGCACCCUGUGGGUUACACCUUUUAUGGUGUCAUUGAAAUGGUAGAGUUAGCUGCACACCAUAAAUUACAUCAUGGCUUAGAUGAUGCAUUAGUUUAUGUUAUCCUCUUGAACAAGUUUGUGGUCGUAGGACAGGUUAUAACUGAACUCAACGUGAUAAGGCUGAAAUUUUUUACUGUAACUAAGAAAGAACCUGGUUGCAAUUGGUUGAUUGCAGUUACAAUGGCAAGAUUUGAUAGAGAGCGAGCUUCUAAAACUGUGCAUCAGUGCUUCAAGUUGGAUAAUUUUAGCUUUGGUGGGUCUAAGCAUGAGUAUGGUCUGUAUCAUAUUUCAUGUGAGCAUGUUAAGGAAUAUGGUUUGAAUCAUAUUUCUAGUCCUUCUGGUGCUCCUUUUGCUGAUAUUGCACUUGAUGAAAUUUUUGGCAUCCAAAUAUCUGAGAGUAUUACCUACAUUUUGACCUAUCAUGUAACUUUUUCAUUUGAUAAAGAAGAAAAUGACUCCACUGGUACCACGAAGGAUCUCAUCUGGGCAGCAAUUUCAAUGGUGAAAGCUAACACAAUUAUUCUUCCCCUUUCAUUAGGAAUUGAUAUUGAAGAAAGAGGGAGUAAAAAUGGCAUCGCAGAUACUGUUAGCUGUGAGUUGCUAUUGGAAAGUAUAACAAAUGUACCUCACGUUGCUGAGAAAGUUCAUGCGACAACCAAUAGUGUUGCUAAGCUCAGGCAGAUGACUUAUGGAAGCUUGAGUGACACCAUUAGGUGCUCUGCUCUUUUGGACACAUCUCAAAUUGUUACUCUUCUUUGCCAUGGUAUCUGGAAUACAUUUAUUUUUCUUCUGAAGCUAAGCAAUAAAGAUGAACCCAAGUCUAAACUCCAAGCUACCAACCAAAUUAUGAUCUUGCUCUUAAAACUUUUUGCCUAUCGUAGCCCAGGUGUUUAUAACACGCUAAAUUGCCCAACGAGAUUUUCUUUCUUGAACCUUGAGUCAGGACAAGGUUCUUUUUGAGGGCGGGAGUAUUGUUGUGAACCAAGUUGACUCCAUAAGGGCCCAUAGGCUAGAAGAGAUGAAUGAGAUUGGGUCAAUUGAGAUUAUUGGGCCGAGUAAAAUGUUAGAGAAUUAUAUUUGGGAUCCAGACCCAGUUAGCAAGUGGUUAAAAAGGACUACAGGUUUGGAAAGAAGUAUUAUUGUUUAACCAAAAAUCUGAGUCUUUGGUCAAAGCUAAAAAGAAAUUCGGGUUACUGAUAAUCAGGAGACGAAAAUAAAAUAUUUUGGAGAAUGAUGGUAAAACAACAAAUAGUUUUGUAUUUCAAUAAGUUCCCAAUA